GGCAGAGCAGAAGAUGAGGGUUGCCUGUCCGGGGUGAAUUCCCUCCCCUACCCUCCACAACCUCCAUCUGCGACUCUGGCUGCAGAUUUAACGGUCGCAAAAAGAUGGCUCCCACUCGGCUGCGGCGUCUGGCUACCUUCGCCUUGAUCGGUGCGGUGUUGAUGACUUGGAUGCUCUACCAGCGGGACGAGUUCGACAACGAGCUGUUGAAUCUGGAGGAUCGACACCCGCUACUCUAUCGCCAUGUUCAUAUGCAUAGCGGGGAGGGAGGAGCGUGGUAUAUCCCGCCUAAAUGGACCAGCCCCUCCGCCGCAACCCCCAAGGACAUCGUUGAAGCGGCCGAGUUAGCUCUCAAGGUGACCCAGAGCUCCUCAGAAGGUUAUCUACCGCACUCGACGAUCCCCAAGAUUGUCCACCAAACCUGGAAAAACACGCGCAUCGACACUUGGCCCAAACUCAUCCGUCACAGCGCCGAGCGAUGGCUGCAAGCUACUGAGGAGGAGAUGGCAUAUUUUCUCUGGACCGAUGAAGGCAUGGUGCAAUUUAUUCGGCGAUUCGAACCGGGGUUGGAGGCCCAAUUCGCAAACCUGGCGCGCAAUGUGGAACGGUCGGAUGUAUUCCGCAUCCUCGUGGCCAAAUGGAUCGGAGGAGUGUAUGGCGACAUUGAUACCGAGCCCCUUCGUGCACCGGUCAAGUGGAUCAGCUCGACCGACAUCCUUCCCUGGAGAGACAACCAAACCGGGACAGUCUACAACUCGACCGCACCUGUGCAAGCCAUCGUCGGUCUCGAGGCCGAUUGUGUCGAGGGAACCGAUACGUACUGGCGCAUGGGCUACUCGCAACCGGUGCAGUUGACUCAAUGGGCCUUUGCGUGGUCACCAGGUCAUCCCAUCCUUCAAACCUUCAUCGAUCGCCUGUCAACGACGAUACAAACCAUCUCCGACCGGUACGGAGGGUCACUCCAGUCGCGAGGCGCUCGACAAGAGCUCAUGUCCUUGGAUCCGCUCAUGCUGACUGGUCCGGCUGCUUUCACCGAAGCAGUCCGGGGUCGACUGGAAGACGUGGUCGAGCUGCGGUGGCAUGCGCUGUCGGGACUACAGGAUGGAGGGAGGAGUAAACUGGUCGACGACGUUCUUGUUCUUCCCAUUACAGGCUUCAGUCCUGGCCGCGGCAGAUACGGGAAUAUGGGCUCGAAGCCGAUCACCGACCCAUCGGCGCGGCUGCGGCAUCUGGCGCAAGGCUCGUGGAGGGCGUUUGAUCUGACGGUGGAGUAUGGGAAAUUCUGUCGCACUAUGCUGGGCAUGUGUCGCGACUGGUCCAAGGUGCCUACUGCUGCUAUCGUGUGAUUUCUUUUCGAAUUGUAAUUUUAUUUACUUGGUCUAUUACGGUGGGUUUCGGCGUUCUGCAUAGGAGUGACGGGUUAUUGGCGAUACCCAACUUGUCGGGGUUGAUUGCUUUCGCGCGUGCAUGUACAGUACAGAGGGGUAUUGAUUGGAUAGUGGGGCAAUUUAAGCUGAAAUAAUAAGAAGGCAAAAGUCACGAA